AUGUUUUUGACUAAAACCGAAUAUGACAGAGGGGUGAAUACAUUUUCUCCAGACGGGAGACUUUUUCAAGUGGAAUAUGCCAUAGAGGCCACUAAGUUGGGAUCUACCGGUAUUGGUAUCAAAACAAAAGAUGGGGUCAUUUUAGCUGUGGAAAAGAGAAUUAAUUCCCCGCUUAUUGUUACCAACAGUGUGGAGAAAAUAUUUAAAGUAUCUGAUAGGAUUGCAUGUGCGGUCAGUGGCCUUGUCGCUGAUGCAAGAACUCUUAUCGACCGGGCCCGCGUUGAAGCUGCUCAUCACUGGUUUGUGUACAACUGUGAAAUGACCACUGAAGACGUGACUCAGGCUGUGAGCAAACUCGCUCUCGCUUUUGGUGACGAUGAUGCCGAUGCGGGAGCAAUGAGUCGGCCUUUCGGCGUUGCUCUUAUGUUUGCAGGUUACGAUGAAACCGGACCACAGCUGUGCGUGGUUUAUUCCGAUCUUAAAUUGGUUACCCUAUUUUUUAUUACUUCAUUGAAAACACUUUCCCCUUCACCCCGGUAG